CUUUGGACGGAAGCACGGCGCCGCGCGGAGCUCCAGUUUAAUUUAUUUUAGAAAACCCACCAUAUCAGGUUUAGAUAGUAAAGAGACACACACUGACAUCGAAAAUUUUGUAGUUUUCGGUCUGACUCAAUUUCCCCGUCGACCUUUUUCCAAAUUUGCUGGUUGUCAGUCGGAAGAAACGCUAUGCCGAGUCACCCGCUGCGCGUGGCGGUGGUGUGCUCGAGCAACCAGAACCGCAGUAUGGAGGCGCACAAUAUUCUCAGCAAGCGCGGUUUCGAAGUGCGGUCGUUCGGGACCGGGUCCCACGUGAAGCUGCCGGGUCCAGCGCCAGACAAGCCCAACGUGUACGACUUCAAAACCACUUAUGAGCAGAUGUACAACGAUUUAGUCCGCAAGGACAAGGAACUAUACACACAGAACGGAAUCCUGCACAUGCUUGACCGGAACAAGCGCAUCAAGGUCCGGCCCGAGCGCUUUCAGAACUGCAAGGACCAGUUCGACCUGGUCAUCACCUGCGAGGAGAGGGUCUACGACCAAGUUCUGGAGGACCUGAACUCCCGGGAGCAGGAGACCUUUCAGCCGGUGCACGUCAUCAACGUGGACAUUCAGGACAACCACGAGGAGGCGACGCUGGGCGCCUUCCUCAUCUGCGAGCUCUGCCAGUGUAUCCAGCACACAGACGACAUGGAGAACGAGAUGGACGAGCUGCUGCAGGAGUUCGAGGAGAAGAGCAGCCGGCCAUUCCUGCACACUGUCUGCUUCUACUGACGCGUCGUAACUCUCUCGCCGCGCACGCACGGACACACACACACGGCGGCUGCGAACGCUUGCGGCCCGCCCUGCACAAGCCCCGUUCCACAGAAGGCCGCAACCUCCCCGUCGCCUUAAAAUGACACCUCGGGCCGCACCCUCGCUGAGACAAACGAGGUCGUCCCCCCGAUGCCUGCCUGCAUCAAGAAAAGGGCUGCGCUCUCAAUGUCUCUCACACAGACACACACACACACACACACACACACACACACACACACACA